AUGGGUCUCACGCCAGUACAUUUCUUCUCGCAUGGCUCGACCAUGAUGCUGGGAGAAGAGUCCGAGAGCGCCGAUUACUGGAAGAAGUGUGGCGAUGAAGCUCUUGCCCGGAACAUCAAGGGUGUUGUUAUUAUGGGCGCCCACUGGGACUGUCUAGGCGACAGAAUCGAACUAUCUACAAACCCUAACCCGGGCAAAAGUCCCGUGGCCUACGUCAAUCCCGAAAAGUACGUCAACUACGAGCUAAACCCCGAUCUCGAGACUACCGAUCGGUGUAUCGAGAUGCUAGCCAAGGAGGGUUUCAACGUUGGUGGUAACCCCAAAUUCGACUGGAUUCACGACGUCUACCUCAUCCUCAUUCGCAUGUUCCCCAACGGCUGCCCACCAACAACUUUGAUCUCCGCCAACGCCCGCUACGAUCCUCACUUCCACAUGAAGAUGGGUGCGACAUUGCGCCCCCUGCGUAAGGAGAACUACCUCAUCAUCGGCACGGGUGGUGCUGUACACAACCUCUACCGGAACCGAUGGGCUCCCAUGUUGCGGUUCCGUGACAACUUUGCCAUGGAGACUCCGCCCGAGGAUUGGGCUAUGGAGUUCCGACAGGCUGUUGAGGAUGUUAUUACCAAGACUUCUGGUGUGCAGUUGCGUCGGGCUAUGACUCGGCUGAUGAAGCACCCUCGCUUCCGCGAUGCUCAUGCUACUGACGACCACUUCAUGGCGGCCUUGUUUGUGGCUGGUGCCGCUGGUGAUGUGGAGGAUGAGAAUACCCCGGCCGUUUUGGGUGCGGAGAGCUGGGAGUUGACUAAUAUGUGCAACUCGCAGUUCACUCUGGGUCAGUGGUCUAGAGAGAUUGCUGUGUAA